UUAAGCUAAAUUGAUUCAUGGCAGGCAUGUUCAAGAAGCCGAAGCGUAAUUUUAGAAGAAAAGUCGCAGACAGCGACUCUGAUCAGGAAAAAGAAGAUGUCUCCAUCGAUAACACUGUCGAUGAAGCUUCUGUUAAACCUGCACCACCACCCAGUGUCCCGGAGAAGAAGACGAAAGAGAAGAAAAAACGAGAUAAAGGGGACAAGUCAACAAAGCUCUUGAGUUUUGAAGAUGAUGAAGGAGAAACAGAGGUGUUCAAGGUGAAAAAGUCAAGCCACAGUAAACGAAUAGCAAAACAGCUCAAGAAAGAGAGUCAGCGUGAAAAGGAGGAAGUAACAGAGACCAAUGUUGGCCAAGUGGUAGAGGGAGAUUACGCUGCAGACCAACUUAAGGAAUUAAGAGAGAAGCAGAAGCCUGGUAACCUAGGCAAUGGCGAUGCUCCGGCACUCCCCAGUGAUGAUGACGAUGAAGAUGAUGAUGGUGAAGGGGAUGGGUCUCACACCUUCAGGGCCUUGUUACAGCGUGGAGAAAUUCCUGAUGCCAACACCAUUCACAUGAUCCGAAAACGUCGACAGAUGGCACGCGAGAUGGGUGACUUUGUCUCCAUUGAGGAAAACAAUGAGAACAGUGGAUCUCGGUUGAUCAGAGAUGAUGAGAACGACCGUAGUGAUGAUGAUGAGGAAGGCAGAAUUGACUUCUCCAUUAACACCUUUGCCAAGGAGAGACAGAAGAUGAAGGACGAGUUCUUAGCAGCUGAGCAUGGAAGUGAUGGAGAAGAGAGUGACCAGGAGAGAGAGUGGGAGGAGCAGCAGAUCAGGAAAGGGGUCAGCACCCAGCAGGUACUUGUUCCGUCUGACGGGUACAGCACAGGUGUUGGGGUUCAGCUAGAUUACUACAGCACUGAGUACACAGCCAGCCUGGCCCCAGCUACACCUUACGCCCCUGCCCAGUCGUCUUUCCCCACCCCAGUGCCAGUCACCGGUGGAGAUUCCUCAAAACUUACCAUCGACAUCAUCAGAAAACGCUUACAAGAGCGCGUGGACUCGAUGGAAGCUGUCCACAAGAAUCAUGUAGCGGAGAAAGAUCGCUUAGUGCAGGACUUGGAAGACACCGAGACGAGCAUCUCCCAGGCAGAGGGCAGCACUGACGGCUUGGAAGAGCGCUAUAGGUUCUUCCAAGAAAUGAGGGGGUAUGUGAGAGACUUGGUUGAAUGUCUCAAUGAGAAGGUGCCUCGCAUCAACCAGCUUGAGGAUCAGAUGAUGGAGCUCUUACGUCAGCGUGCCCAGGCCCUGGUGAAACGCCGGCAGCAAGACGUACAGGACCAGUGUCAGGACUACAUGGCAAAUAAAGGGAGCGCCGUUCUCAAAGAAACGGAUGCUGACAUAGCCCGACAGAGGAGGACAGCUGAGCGAGAAGCCAGAAAAUCCAGACGUAGACGAGCAAGAGAGGGAAAGAACAUACGUGGACAUCAUGACGGAUUAUCGUCAGAUGACGAAGAAAGCAAAUCAGAAAUGUCAAAGUUUAAGAUGGCUAAAGAGCGGAUAUUAGAACAGCAGGGCAUUGUAUUUGAUGAUGUAAUAGAAGAUUUCCACAGACUGGAUGCCAUUCGUGAGCGUUUUGAUGAGUGGAGAAGAAAACAGGGUGAAUCGUAUAGAGAAGCUUACAUUAGCCUGUGUCUGCCUAAACUCUUCAACCCACUGCUGCGCUUACAGCUAGUCAACUGGAACCCUCUUGAGGAGAGUUGUGCUGACUUUGAGGAGUCUGCCUGGUUCAAUGACCUGCUGUUCUAUGGUUAUGAUGAGGAGGUUAUCCUCCACAGAGUUGAUGAUGAUGAUGAUGUCAAAUUGUUACCAAGUAUAGUAGAUAAGGUUCUUGUCCCAAAACUUACAGCAUUAGUAGAGUCAGUCUGGGACCCCAUGUCCACAUCACAGACGUCGCGAUUGGUCAAUCUGAUGACAAAACUGACCAACGAUUACCCUCACAUCAAUUCUCAUGGAAAAAAUACCCAGACAUUGUUGAAAUCCAUUGUAACAAGAAUCAGAAAGACUUUGGAUGAUGAUGUGUUUAUGCCACUCUAUCCUAAAAAUGUAAUAGAAAGCAAGUCAUCGGGCCCAGCUGUGUUUUUCCAGCGCCAGUUUUGGGGGUGUAUAAAACUUCUGGGUAACAUCCUAUCCUGGCAGGGCAUCCUGGCCACCCCCAUCCUUCAGCACAUGGCUCUGGACAGCCUACUGAACAGAUACAUAAUUCUAGGCCUUCAGAACUCUGGAGUCAAUAGCAAUGCUCUGAUCAAAUGCCAAGCUAUCGUAUCGACAUUCCCUAAGGACUGGUUUUAUGAGCUGGGCGGAGAUAAGACGAUCCCACAGCUGGAGAACAUCUGCCGCUACCUGAACUAUGCUGCGGAAACUCUCUACCAGAGCAGCCUGGCCAAGAAGGAGAGUGAGCAGAAAGAAGCCAGAGAGCAGAUCAAGCAGAUCAGUAAGCUACUGGUGAACAUUCGUGCGAUGGACCAUGCCAAGAAAAUGUCUGACAAAUACAGCUUCAAGCUGUCCUGAAAUCGUGUGAGGGGAGACAACUUUGCUGCUUUUGGGAAACAACUCUUCACAGGUGUUAAAAUAGCAUCUGUUGGUCAACUGGUCAUCCUGUGCCACAGAUGAUUGUGUCAGGCUACCAUUGCCACCAGACAGUUGAGAAUGAAAUUGUGUCAGUGCGAAUGACAUGCAACUUUGCUUUGGGUAUGCCUCGAGGUAAAAGAAGAUGUUUGCAAAGAAUUGGGGAGAUGAUAUUUGUGCGUAAUUCAUGAACAGGGUUUUCGGUAUCAUUGAACAAUGUACAUUACGACAGCCACCUCAACCAAAACUUGUACAUGCAGAUCACCACCUUUUUGGUCCAAAAAUUACAUUAUUCUGUGAAGAAGAUACAACAGCUGAGGAAAACAUUUUGUUUUUAAACUAGAUUUUUUUCAUAAACGAACUACCAGGUAUAUAGGGUGGUUUUCUUCAGUUUCCACCCUGCCCUAAGCCUGAAAUAAUUCCUGAAAUACAGCCUCAAGCACCGGAUAAAUAAAUCAAUAUGCGGUCACUGUGAGUUCACGUCCAGCUCAUGCUUGCUUCCUCUCCAGCCGUAAGUGAGAAGGUCUGUCAGCAACCUGUAGCAAUCUUGGGUUUCCCCCAGGCUCUGCCUGGUUUCCGCCCGCCAUAAUGGUGGCCGCCGUCGUAUAAGUGAAAUAUUCUUGAGUAUGGCGUAAAACACCAAUCAAAUAAAUAAAUCAAUAUGAUUCAGAAGUUUUCAUCUGACAUAAUCAUCUUGCAUAAUGCUUGCAAGAUUUUUUUUUCUUUUUCCAGAAUUUAAUAGAAUUAUAAAUAGCACUGGAAACCGAUUACUUGACCCCAUCCACAUCCCACCCAUGUCAUCAGUGUGCAAUUUAUUUUUCUAGACAAUUUUAAAAGCCCAGAAAGUAUUGGUGCUGUGUGGAUGACCUAGGAUCAGUCAUUUCUGUAUCACAAAUAUAAAAUAUUUAAUUGCACCUAUGUUGAGUCUUUGUGUAUAGCAGAAGUGAACUUUAAAUAAAUAUUUGGAAA